AGAAAGACGGGGAUCUGCUUCCAUCGAAGCAGGAAAAUUACGUGGGAAGCCACCCAGGAUGAGGGUCGCGCAGGUGGCUCGCGCCGCCGGUUUGAACCGGCUUCGCCUCGCCCAUGCGGGGUUCGCGUGGCCGCGGCGCCUAGCGACCUAGACAGCGGCCAAUGGAGCGGCAGUUCCUGUGCCAUCAGGCCAAUCAGUGAGCCCUAGGCGGACCGAACGGAGCUCGGUGCGCUGAUCUUCUGGUUGAAGAAACCAGCUCUGGGGAAGGGUCUCCGGAGCGGGCGGGAGGGCGCCUAUCAGGUUCCGAGCCAGUAGUCGCUCUCAGGUGGCUGCAGAGCCGGAGCCGAGCCACCUAGCCGCGUCAUGGCGCCCACCCUCGCCACUGCCCAUCGGCGCCGCUGGUGGAUGGCCUGCACAGCCGUGUUGGAAAACCUCCUCUUCUCGGCAGUCCUCCUGGGCUGGGGCUCGCUGCUCAUCAUGCUCAAGUCGGAAGGCUUUUACUCCUACCUGUGUACUGAUCCAGGGAAUGUCACCAAUGGCACAGUGUGGGGCACAGCAAAACCAGGACAGGAGGAGGAGGUGACCUUGGUGAAUGGCUGGCUCAGCUGCAAGGCCCAGGAUGAGAUGCUAAACUUGGCCUUCACCGUGGGCUCCUUCCUGCUCAGUGCCAUCACCCUGCCCCUGGGCAUCGUCAUGGACAAGUACGGCCCAAGGAAGCUCAGGUUGCUGGGCAGUGCCUGCUUUGCUGUCUCCUGCUUGCUGAUUGCAUAUGGAGCCAGUCGCCCAGACUCUCUCUCUGUGCUCAUCUUCAUCUCCCUGUCUCUGAACGGCUUUGGUGGGAUGUGCAUGACUUUCACCUCAUUAACCCUGCCCAACAUGUUUGGUGACCUUCGGUCCACGUUUAUUGCCUUGAUGAUUGGGUCCUAUGCCUCCUCAGCAGUCACCUUCCCAGGAAUCAAGGUCAUCUACGACUUUGGUGUCACCUUCAUCACCAUCCUCGUGGUCUGGGCUGGCUGCUCUGGGCUAGUUUUCCUCAACUGCUUCUUCAACUGGCCUCUGGAGCCUUUCCCAGGUCCAGAGGACAUGGACUACUCGGUGAAGAUCAAGUUCAGUUGGCUGGGCUUUGACCACAAGAUCACAGGGAAGCAGUUCUACAAGCAGGUGACUACGGUGGGGCGCCGCCUCAGUGUGGGUAGCUCCAUGAGGAGUGCCAAGGAGCAGGCGGCCCUGCAGGAGGGCCACAAGCUGUGUCUGUCCACCGUCGACCUGGAGGUGAAGUGCCAGCCAGACGCUGCAGCAGCCCCGUCCUUCAUGCAGAGCAUAUUCAGCCCCAUCCUGCUGCUCAGCCUCGUCACCAUGUGCAUCACGCAGCUGCGGCUCAUUUUCUACAUGGGCGCCAUGAACAACAUCCUCAAGUUCCUGGUCAGUGGCGACCAGGGCAAAGUCAUGGCCACUGUUAGCCUCUACACCUCCAUCUUUGGUGUGCUCCAGCUGCUCUGCCUGCUGACGGCCCCCAUCAUCGGCUGCAUCAUGGACUGGAGGCUGAAGGAAUGCGAAGAUGCCUCUGAGGAGCCCGAAGAGAAAGACACCAACCAGGGUGAGAAGAAGAAGCGGGACCGGCAGAUCCAGAAGAUCACCAACGCCAUGCGGGCUUUUGCCUUCACAAACGUGCUGCUCGUGGGCUUUGGGGUGACUUGCCUCAUUCCCAACCUGCCCCUCCAGAUCCUCUCCUUCAUCCUGCACACAGUUGUGCGGGGAUUCAUCCACUCUGCCAUUGGGGGCCUGUACGCCGCAGUGUAUCCCUCCACCCAGUUUGGCAGCCUCACAGGACUACAGUCUUUGGUCAGUGCCCUCUUCGCUCUCCUGCAGCAGCCCCUGUUUCUGGCCAUGAUGGGUCCCCUCCAAGGAGAUCCUCUGUGGGUGAAUGUGGGGCUGCUUGUCCUGAGCAUGCUGGGGUUCUGCCUUCCCCUCUACCUCAUCUGGUACCGGCGCCAACUGGAGAGGCAGCUGCAGCAGAAGAGGGAAAACGACAAGCUUUUCCUCAAGCUCAACGGCUCAUCCAACCAGGAGGCUUUCGUGUAGUGCCCACCACCUCAGAACUGUGGCGUCCUGCCCCUGCUUCAGUGACUCACCAGUGUCCUUCCCACCCCAGAGGACCUCCACACACCCCCAGGAACCCCUUCUUCACUGUGUUGGAGUCCAUGCCCCCUCCCAGGGCCUUGGUCCUGCCUUGGAGCUCUGCUGUGGAAGGACAGGAGAGGGCCUGGAUGUGAUUUUUCCUACUGCUGGAAGCAGGGGCCGCCCUGGGCUUUGUCCAGCUGCCUUUGAGGGGCUCUGGAGCCUUGAGGCUCCAUGGUGCCUGCAAGAGGAGCCAGGAGGAUCCCCGGCAGGCAGGCUCUGUCCCUCAAGCAUCUGGAUUCUGCCUCUUGCCAAAGCAGAGGGGUCUGCCAUUCACUGUCUACCACCUACCCCUCAGCUGCAUGCCCACCAACCACACCUGCCUGAGGACAAAGGCUUGCACUGUCAGCACCCACUCGCCUGGCCCCUCAUCUCCCCUGGUCAGUCUGAGGCUGCCUGAGGAAGGAAGGACCCACUUCUUGUUGAUGGUGCUAACUCCUUUGUAAUUCCAGCCCCAAAUGGCCUGUUCCUAGCCUGUCCUCUCAUUUAGAGGCCUGUGGGGAAGGACCCUGGCUUACAGCCUGGGGAGGGGAUGGGGGGCUGGAUGGUCAUACUAGGUUCAGGAGCUGGGGACAAAGGUGAUCAGCAGUCCCUAACCUCCUCCUUUAGGACCUAAGUGGAGAGCAGACAUCCACUGCCACCCUUCAUCCAGUCUGUGACCUGAAGGAAACAAAAGGGACACCAGUAGGGCACCCCCCCCCAUACACACACGUGCAUGCGCGCGCGCACGCACGCACACACACACACACACACACACACACACACACACACACACACACACACAGCUAUUUUCGUGGGGGUGGAAGUGAGACUGGCUGAUAGACAUGGAAGUCUAGGCCGGAUGGGGAGGUAGGUAUGCGAAGGACCUAGGGCUGUGUGCAUGUGUGGGUGUGUACGUGUGAGAGAGGUGUGUGGGAAGGUGGUAGGGUGUGGGCCCUGGGUAUCUGCACUCAUUCUCCCAGAGCUGCUCAGAGGACUGCCUGGCCUGCAGUAGGGGGAGUGCCCUGGGGCCAGCUUGGCUGGUCCCAAAGCUUGUUGGAGGCUGUGGAGUCACAGCGCCCCCUGCUGGCAGACUCCCCGAGGGCCCUGGCACUGUUUACAUGGGAGCAGAUCCUUUUCUGCCAGACGGGCCUGAUUUACCAAUCCACCCACCAGGACUUACCCAGAAAUGGGUCUUGGACUUCCUGGGAGUGUGGAGAGGGCUGGGUGGAUUUUUAGGUUUAUGGUUUUGUGUGUGUGGGGGGGUGUUUUAAAUUUUAUCAGACUCCUUUUUAUAAAGCAAUAAGUCCAUUUCCCUCCUGUUAAGAGUUGCCCCUGCUAGCCUAUCAGUUACAGUCUACAUGUGCCUGUUUUGUGCUUGAGGAGAAAAGGCAAGACAAUUAUACAACUAUAUACCUGAAACCCAUAUAAUUUUAUUAACCAAUGGCACCCCAAUAAAUUCAAUUAAAAAUAAACAAGAAAAGACAAGAUUUUCUGACCCCAGUCCCUGUCAUACCCAGCUGCUGACAGUCUCUCUGGAUGAUUGCCAGCUUGGGAGGGGAAGGGCCAGGAAAAGAGCCCCCAAACAAAUUGGGUUUGUGCUAGCACCUUCCAAGUGUGGGCCACCCCCUCUGCUGCUCCUCCCAGCCAAACAGGCUGAUCCUGACCCCCUUUUACCCCUGGUCAGAUUUCCUGAAGGUCCCUCCUGAGUUCAAGACCCCAGGGCGGUUCCAGAAGAGCCUCCUGCUCAAAGAGGCAGCAGCAGAGUGUGGUGGGGGCAGUAGACAGAGCAGGAAGGGGCAGGUCCGGGCCCAGAUACCAGCUGUGUGUCAACAGCUGGGCACCUUGAACAUGUUGAAUCUCCCUAGACUUCAGUCCACUCAAACAUUAAAAAACAAGAUUUUGUUUAAAACAUAUUUUGGAAAUUUCUCUAAGAUUUUAUUUGAGCCAAACUGCCAAUAAUUACCAGGAAGCAACAUCUCAAAUACUUCUACAACAUUUUUAAGAAAGAAAACAAGAUAAAAAUUUCCCAGAUCCUUCCUCCGAACACUAGUUAUGUGAGGUUUAAUGGUUAUUCUAAUUUUUAAAAAGAGUAUUGUUAAAUUUGAGAAAUGCUGAGUUAAUGUCAAGCAUUUUUUUUUCAUCACCCGAGGACAGUUUUUAUCACUUUUAGAGAGAGAGAAACAUCAAUGUGAGAGAAAAGCAUCAGUUGGCUGCUUCCCGUAUGCACCCGGGCCAGAGGUUGCAUGCUCCUGGACCAGGGGUUAAACCCUCAAUCCUUUGGUUACAGGACGAUGCACCAGCCAACUGAGCCAAGUUGGCCAGGGCCGAGCGUGUUUCUUUGCAGCACUUCUUGGCAUGCUGGUGGUUUUUGUGGCCAUCCAAGAGAGAGUGAGAUACACCGUGGAGGAGUGGCUUUAACAGAGAGCUGUCCUCUGUGUGUGGCCCGAUGGAGUUGCUUGGUGUGUGUUGAACAUGUGAAUCCAGGUCUUGCCUCUGACCUAAAGGGAAUCUGGAACCUGUAUUUCUCUUAGCCCUCCUUCCCCCAAAGUUUGAGACCACUGACAGAGAAGUAUAAUUUGGGGAAAUGUGGGCUAGCAGGGGCCCUUCCAGCCAGGAAAACAUCAAGGUUGCAGACAAGGCUUGUGCCGUCCCCAGCAGCACCUGAAGCAGGAGCUGCUGCCUCUCUCCCACCCACCUGCAGGUGUGGGCACUUUGUGGAAGGAAGCAGGCAUUGACAAGUUCGGGGUGGAAAUCAGUCUAGGGCCUACAGUGCAUGGGAAUUCGAGGUGUGAGAGUGGGACAGAUGGGCCGGCUGCCACCUGCACCCCUUUCUGGGGCCAGUCAUUCUGCCCUGAUUAUGCAGAGUUGAUGGGUUACAUAUUUUCCUAUUACUAUCAUUGAAUCAUGAUAACAAGUCCAAGAAUUGAAAAGAUACCAUCAUUUCUGGUCUACAGUUAGAAGAACUGAGGGCCCCAGGAGGUGGAGUAAUCACUCAAGAUUGGAGCCAGGACUUGAUUAUGGGUCUUAACAUCAUUGGAGCCACCAAAGAAAGCCUGGGACCAAGACAUUCCUUUUGGAGCCAUAGCCCCAGGGGCCUCCAGGCUUCGGGAGCGAGGAGGCGACAGCUUGAGGAAGGGAAGCAAACCCAGGCACCACUUUCUUGGAGCCAAGAGAUUCCUCUGAAAAUGGUUUGAUCUCUCCUCAGUAGUCAUCUUGGCCUGUAGGCAGAUGAAUUCUUGAGGAAGCAAUUCUCUGGUCAGCCCAACCCUUGAGAAGAAUGCCCUUCCAUGAGAAAGGGCCUGUGAGCUGGUCGAAGGCAGCGGCACCCAGCAGCCACAGCCCUCCUUCCCUUGUCCUCAGGCUGCUGGUGGGAAGGGGCAGGAAGUGACGCCUGGCCAGUGGUUCCAGUCAGAGUGAGGAAGGGGCCCAUCUCAGAAGCACUGAAGGUCCCUUCUCCUCUCUAGUCCCCCUAGACUCAGGUCUACAAGUUCCUCUGUUGGCUUCCUCCAGACCCUCCAGACCCUCCCAGCCUCUGCCUGCAGCUCCUGCUGCCUGGACCUGUACUAGGGAAGGUUCCAAGCCUCCUAGAGGCCACAGACAGGGUUGCAGGUGCCUUUCUGUUUUGCUCCAGCUCCAUUCCCCUCUUGGACGCAGUGUCAGCCUGGUCCAAACAACCUCUGCUAAGCCCUCCCUGUCCUGGUCCGGGGUUGUGCAGUCUGUGGAGGGCCUCCCACUGCCCUGGGUCCCAAGGACACUGAAAACGGAGGGAUAUCCAAGUAUUCAUGGUCAAUGUGCAGGCCUGUCUCAGCAGCAGAAACACACUCAGCGAAGUUUUCGAUGCACUUAUGUAUCAGCCUGAGAGCAGAAUUUGAGCAGAGAAGCACCUGGGGUGGGUGAUGGGUGGCGGGGUCAGGCUGCGGGCAUCCUGUGGUGAGGGGCUUCGGUCAGAGUUCUGAGAAGGCUCAGCAGGAUUUUCAGGGGCUGGUUUGGCAACAGCGCCCUCUGGAGGAUAAUAUGAUGGGUUCUCAAGGGUGCUUGGGGCAGUGAGGCUCCUUAUCUGUUCCAAUCACCAGGGCCUCGACUCAAGGGUAGUAGCCCAUUUUCCCCAAUACAGAUUGUGGGAUCAUGAGGAUAAAGAGCCCGGUACCCCAAAGUGAGGACCUGGUUUUUCACAGGCUGCAGCCCCCCCACCCGAGCUGGGGGUCAGGGGGGGCUCUGUGAGCCCACUUGCUCCCAUGUCCUAACUCACCCCAGUCCCUGGAGUGAGGAUGGAGCAUCCCGAGUCUCAUGAAGGAGAAACAACAUUUCCCAGGGGGUGGCCUGCCAGAUGGGGCUACCACCUGUGUACCUUCAUCUCUGUGGGCAGCGUGUCCACAGGUCUGAAGUGACUCACUUUCAGCCUCCUGGGUGGAUCCAAGACUGCACCGAGGCCCCUGGCAGCUCCCAGCCCUGCCACACAUACGAUACCAGUGACCUUAGACAAGUCUUGCACCUCAGUUUCCUUAUCCGUAAAGUGGAGAUAAUACCCUCACUGUGAGGAUGGGUGGACACAGAAGUAAACCAUUUGCACAGUGGUAUUCUUGGCACUUCAGAGGCGGUUAACAAGUGACAGCAUUAUUUGUGUGACUCUGGAAGAGUACAGGUAGCACAGGAAGUGAGGGCCACCCUCGCCUCCACUCCCUUCCCGCCCCGGUAUAAUAGGGCCCCUAGUUUAGGCAGCUCUGACCAGAACAGACUUGUAGCCAAGUAAAGGAAGUGGGGUCUGUUUCUGCCGACCCUCUCAGAACCUCUCUAAGCAAACAGCCUUAAGAAGUAGCCCUUUGUUCACUUUUAUGUCUUUCACAUUUUGGUAAGAGACUUCGCCAAAAAGCUUCUCCAGGAAAUGUCUAAGUGGUAAAGACCCAGACAUCGGACAGGUUUGCAUUGGGGUGGGGGUGACGCAGGUCUCAGCAUGUAGGCAGCACCUCCAGACCACCUACCUGUAAAAUGGCUUGGCUGUGCCCAUGUGCGCAUGCGUGUGUGUGCAUGUGUGUGCAUGCGUGAGUGCUUGUGUUGAAGUAUGUUGUAUUCCAAGCAUGUUUGGUAUGAGCGUGUUUAGAGCAGUCUGUGUGCCUCUCUACCCAGGUAGAGAAGAGGGAGAGGGUCUUGCCUCGCUCAAUCCCUUCCUAUUUCUGGAAAGACUGAGAUAGGCCCCCUCCAAGGACCCAGAGCAGGCUGUCGGAGUUGUGCCGGAAGGGUUCACCUGUUCUCUGUGUUAACCAGGGUCGGUACAGUGUCGCUGACAACCUGGUCGCUGACCCUGACUCUUCCUGCCCCUUUGCUUUUUCUAGCACCUGCUUACUUCCUGGCACACGUAAGCACUCAAUAAAUGUAUGCUGAGAAUGACAAGAA